CUCGUCCAUCCGCGGGGACUCCGCGCCCGGGGCUCCCCCGCUCCCUUUUCAAUGAAGACAUUCAAAUGUUGUUUUAAAUAUCACCUACAACAGAAGGUUUUCAUCCUGUUUCUAACCCUAUGGCUGUUCUCCUUGUUGAAGCUCCUGAAUGUUAAACGGUUCCUCUUCCCUGAACGGGGCAUUUACUUGGUUGAGUACUCUGUAAGCACCUCACCUUUUGUAAGGAACAGAUACACCCAUGUCAAGAGUGAAAUCGGAUAUGAGAUUAACUGCUCGGGUGUCUAUGAACAGGAGCCUUUGGAAAUUGGCAAGAGUCUGGAAAUAAGAAGAAGAACUAUCAUUGACUUGGAUGAUGAUGAUGUUGUGGCAAUUACCAGUGAUUGUGAGAUUUAUCAGGCCCUACGAAGCUACGAUGCAAAGCUUGUUUCAGAGGAGGAGAAAAGCUUCCCAAUAGCCUAUUCUUUGGUGGUUCACAAAGAUGCAAUUAUGGUUGAAAGGCUAAUCCUUGCUAUAUACAACCAGCACAAUAUUUAUUGCAUCCAUUAUGACCAAAAAUCAUCAGAUACCUUCAAAGUUGCCAUGAACAAUUUAGCUAAGUGCUUCUCCAAUAUUUUCAUUGCUUCCAAAUUAGAGACUGUGCAGUACGCACACAUUUCCAGACUCCAGGCUGAUUUAAAUUGCUUGUCAGACCUUCUCAAGUCUUCAGUUCAGUGGAAAUAUGUUAUCAACCUGUGUGGGCAGGAUUUUCCUUUGAAGUCAAACUUCGAAUUAGUGUCAGAGUUGAAGAAACUCAAUGGAUCAAACAUGUUAGAGACAGUGAAACCCCCUAGCACUAAGGUGGAAAGAUUCACUUAUCACCAUGAGCUCAGACAGGCACCUUAUGAAUAUGUGAAACUACCGAUGAGGACAAACAUUUCCAAGGAAGCACCCCCUCAUAACAUCGAGAUAUUUGUUGGCAGUGCUUAUUUUGUGUUAAGUCGAGCAUUCAUUAAGUAUAUUUUCAACAACUCCUUUGUUGAAGACUUUUUUGCCUGGUCUAAAGAUACAUACUCACCUGAUGAGCACUUUUGGGCUACCUUAAUUCGGGUACCAGGAAUCCCCGGGGAGAUUUCUAGGACAGCCCAGGAUGUGUCUGACCUACAGAGUAAGACCCGUCUGGUCAAAUGGAAUUAUCUAGAAGGUCUUUUCUAUCCCAGUUGUACUGGCUCUCACCUCCGAAGUGUAUGUAUCUAUGGAACAGCGGAACUAAGGUGGCUUAUGAAAUAUGGACAUUGGUUUGCUAAUAAAUUUGAUUCUAAGGUGGACCCUGUCUUGAUUAAAUGCUUGGCAGAAAAGCUUGAAGAACAGCAAAGAAAGUGGAUCACACUGUCUUCAGAAAAGUUAUUUAAAGCCAAACCUUCCAUAAGCACCUCAUGAUAAAAUUGUAAUGGAAAUAAGGUUAAGAUGGAAUUGCAUGCUAUACCAUGGCCAGUACCAUUUGAAAGGUGUCUACAAUUCCAUGAACAAGGGAAAGUGACCUGGCCUUUGGUGACAGUUAGUCUGCAUUGGGUUGGAUGUUUUUAUGUUUGUUUUCACUUGUAAUCUCACUAAGCUAAGUGGGAGAUUUUAAACAGUCAGUAAUCUGAUAUGUGCUGAGUUUCUGCUGUAUACCAGGCACUUUUAAAAAAACAUAUAGGAAUUAAAUCAAAGUUGUCACGAGUCACAGUUACCCCAGUCACACAGCUAUCUUCAUAUCUUAGGUUCUCCACGUAAUAAUCAGGUUCCAGCUCCGUAGACACCUCUCAACCAUUAGAAUGUUAGAAAGACUGUACUACCUCAGAAGAACUCAAAGAAUUGUUCUGUUUCCUACUUGCCAAAGUGUAACUUACCUUGUGGUACCUUGUUCAUUGAGUGCAGGGUCCGAGACUCUGAU